AUGCCACGUCAAGUGCAGCCGAUCCACUAUGAUCCUGCGACCGUUAGACAACUCACCAAGGAGAUUGCGGUAGCUUCAUGUAUAGGAGCUGCUCAAGGUGCACUGAUCAGUCUCACGACUGGGUUGCUUUUAAGAAGAUUUUCUCGUGUGUAUAAGAACGUAAGGACCCCGGUAAGGGUGUUUUACCACAGUUCGUGGAUCUCCAUGGGGGCCGUCUUUCAAGCAGACAAACAACUGUUGAAAUUCCAAUCCAAAUAUUAUGAAACUGAAUUAAAGCGUAGAGAGCGUAUAUUGGAUGAAGCUGCAGAAAGAGGUAUAUUCUUGGAAGACGGGGCUGUCGCCGAAAGCACUACCAAACGUAGCUAG